AUGCGGAGCCUUCUGACUAACGGCAGUACCACCCUUGGCUUGAUAUAUAAUCAAUCAAACAAUUCCUCCAACGCCUCAAGAUACCCAGAGCAAAGUCAGUUGCAACCCCGAGCGAUCACCUCGCAGAGACCGUCUCCGACACCAAACAUGUCUCGCCCGGUCCUAUCAACAGCCGCUCGCCGGCUAUCUCGACCCCAUGUUCCCCGUGCAGCGGUUUCUGCAUUCUCGUCACCGGCGCCGACCUUGAACUUCUCCGCAUCCUUCUGCGAUUCCAUCUCCCAACGAGCCGCCCUCCGUCCCUUCCCUCGAUCAAGAAACACCCUUCCCCAGAGAACCGCUUCCUCGCAGCAAUCCGCCCUCCGCUUCGACGCCUUCCAACAACGCGCCGCCUUCUCUUCGUCCACCGUCCGCCCCGGCGCCAAGGUCACACAAAACCCGAGAGUUGACGACGAUGGAAACGAGCUAUUGAUCAAUAUCUCCGACAUCGCCGCGGAGCGUCUCCGAGAAAUCACAGACCCAACCUCUUCUCCGUCAGUGACGAAGGAAGAGAACCCGUACCACCACCUCCGGAUCACAGUAACCAGUGGAGGCUGCCAUGGGUUUCAGUAUAUGAUGUCGCUUGAGGCGGCGUCUAAGAUCGACCCGGAGGAAGAUACCGUGUUCGAAGCGGAGCGGGCAGAGGGCGACGCCUCGGCCGGCGAGGCGAAAGUGGUCAUGGAUGAGCCGUCCCUGGAGCUCUUGUCUGGAAGCACGGUGGACUACACCAUGGAAUUGAUUGGAAGUCAGUUCAAGAUUGUCGAUAACCCCCGCGCUACGAGUAACUGUGGCUGCGGGACCAGUUUCGAUGUCCAGGAUUGAUCAUCUGUUCGGCGGUUGAUGGGGGAUGAAUUACGAUUCGAGCUCGACCCUGCUGUGGCUGCCCGGUUUGUCUAUUCUCCGACGCCACAUGUACAUGUGUAUUUUUAUCAUACUAGAAUAUUUGGUUGUGAUAGAGUAAUAAC